UCGGAAUAGGUACUGAUCUGCCGGCUGUCUACUUGUUUAGGCUUUAGAUGUAGAAAACUGUAGAUAUUGGAAAAUCCUUUUAUUAAAAACCUGUAUACUCUGUAUACCCCGGCGAUUAAAGAAAGUUCAGUAUUAAUAGAAUAUAAAAGGCAAAUCACUUGGAGGCCAGUUAGACGCCUUCAGAUCUAAUACACCAUGAAGUUCAAGUUCUGUUCUGAUGGGGACUGUCCUCUGUGGGCGCUGGCAGCUCUACAUGCGCUGAGCAGUCUACCGGCGCCAGUCUUCAGGAGUCUGCUGAAACACGUUCUGGAUGAACAGCCGGACGACGGAAUCAUGGAAAUAUUAAAAGGAACCAGUUUAGCAUCCCGCGACGAAGCCGCCCGCGCUGCGGCUGUUCUGCGCUGGACAUUGCAGCAGGCUCACCGGUGCAACUGUAGCGGUGUACAACUGGCACGUGACCUGCUAGUACUGGGAGUGCCAAGAGCUCAUGCUGCAGCACUUGCAGAUGCCGCUGAUACCACCAGGGACGGGUACGAGACAAAAAUCGCUUCUAACGGUUUUAUGGUCAACAAGCUAACUGACGUCUCGGCAGCCCCUGGACCUGAAGGAACUGUUGAUACUGUCAAGUUGACAUUUCACACAGAUGACGUGUUCACAGGAAAACAGAAAAAAGAAGAUCUGAUCAUAGACAAGAGCCAGAUGAAGAUAUUGUUGGCGGAGUUAAAGAAAGCAAAACAGAAGGUGGAUGAAAUUUCCGUUUCAUAAAAAAAAAUUAAAACGUCGUUGGUCACAAUUCUCAUAGUCGAUUAUAUUUGUCUUUAUAACAAUCGAAUGGAGCGGGGAAGCGUUUAAAUAUUCAAAAAAACAUAUUAAGCUAUAAUAAUUUAUAUGAAUGAUAAUAUUGAUAAGCUUAUUAUGUUAUUGUAAUUUACAAACAUUACAAUAAACCACUAUUAUUAUAAAUAA